GUUACAUGAAAAAGUAGUUGCCUGUGAGGUUGUGUUCAAUUAAUAGUUGAGUUAUUGAAUUAUGAGGCAUUGAAAGCCACUAAUAUUCUCUUGGUUUCAGGUUCAGAGGGGUCAGAAGGUAAUCGUUCUGCUUCGUCUCCUCUGAAGCAGUAAAGUCACAGGGUGUGUUCCCAGCACAUCCCUGAUGCAUUGCCUCCCACUCCCCCGCUGAGUGGCUCUUCCCAGUUUUCGGUCAGAUGAUUUAGAGAACAAUAAUAAUGACCACUCCUCUUUCCUGACCCUGAUGUUGCAGCUGAUCGUCACACAAUAGCUUGCAGCUGAAGGAAGGAGGCGGCGCCUGAGGAAAGGGUUCCGUGGACAACGGGCGUGAUGGGGAGCGAAGGGCCACGAAGGGCGCUUCUCUUGGGUCUGGUGGAGGUGCGGCAGCCCCUGGACCAACUGGACGAGGAUGGGCAAACAAGGAUGUUCGCCCUGUGCCACACGGCCUCAAUCGCAGGCCACGUGGAUGACACGGACUGGCUGGGCUGGCACGAGCGGGGCCUCAUGGGCGUGGAGGUGGCGCUGGACCAGGAUCACCUGCAAGUCACCAGCAACGAGGUCUUGGUUAGCCGGCACAGCCUGGCGGAGGUGAGCGCCAUCGCGGCGUUGCAGGACACUGAGGGCCACCUGGUGGUCGUCGGCCAGUGUCAGGUGAAGGGGCAUCCCCUCGCCGUAGUUCUCGACAUGAUGUCCCGAGAGGACGCUCGCCGGUUGGAGGAGGAAGUUGGACUAAGACUGUCUCGACGACUGCUACGUCCUUCUGUGCAUUCCUCUGCAUCACAAGACACAUUAUGCACGGAGACGGUGCCCAGUGCCCCGCCCUUGACGGAGAUGGAUCCUUCCACCAGCCUCCCUGACACAUGCGACAAGAGUGCCUUGAAGCACAACAACCAGGCGACUGUACACGCCUCUGCCUCGUCAGGACCGACGAGGACACAGCCACCCAGCUCGGUGUUCCAGCCCUCGCCCUGCUCCAGCAACGUGUCUAAUCAACCUUCCCUCUCCUCUAAGAAAAUUUCAGCUGGCAAACGCCGGUUAAAACUUCCUGCGGCCAAUAUGCCAGCCACAGGCACACUCUUGGCCACCCCGCUGCGUAGGACCUUCCACCCAUCAGUCUCGCGCGUGGCUCAUGCUUCAUUAUCCGCCCUUACAGUGUCCAAGCCGUUAGUAUCCGAUGCUCCAGUGUCCACCCUCCCAGUAGCUACUCCUCUGGUAUCCAUUCCACCAUUCUCCACUCGGCUAUUGUCCACUCGACCCCAGUCCACCCCUUCAGCACCCGCUCCUUCGGUGUCUAACCCAUCUCUGUUCCCUCGCUCAGUCUCCAUUCACCAAGUAUCCAAUUCGCAAGUGUCCACCCCUCUAGUGUCCAGCUCGCAAGUGUCCACCCCUCUAGUGUCCAGCUCGCAAGUGUCCACCCCUCUAGUGUCCAGCUCGCAAGUCUCCACCCCUCUAGUGUCCAGCUCGCAAGUCCACCAAUCGCCAAUGUCCACCCGACCUCUGAUCAAGCCGGCGCUGCCCACCAAACCCGCUUCCACUUCGACGGUGUCCUCCCGUCCAGUGCCACCCUCGAGGAUCUUCACCCCGCUGGUGGCCACUUUACCCGUGUCUACCACGUCGGCGUCCAACCCAACGGUGUCCACUUCAUCGGUGUCUACCCCUCAAUUCCCAACCCGACUCCUGUCUCUCUCAAGGGUAGUCACCCCCUCGGUGCUCGCCUCGACAGAAUCCAACAAGACGGCUCCCCCCACCCCACUCUGCAUUCCAUCGGUGUCCACACGACCAGCAUUUACAAGACCACUGUCCAAGCCAAUAGUAGCCACCCGACCAGUGUCCUUCCCUAAGAUAUCCUCUCCGGUGUCCACCAGGCCGGUGUCCAUCGCGGUAGCGUCUAACACAGCAGAGUCUAACACAGCAGCGUCCAACACAGCAGCGUCCAACACAGCAGCGUCCAAUACAGCAGUGUCCGACACUCCUGAUUCCAUAACAUCGGUGUCCACCACUGCGGUGUCCGCCACUCCGGUGUCCACCACUGCGGAGUCCACCCUGCCAGUAUCUGACCAAUCCGCAUCCCCCGUAAUGGUGUCCAGAUCGCCGAUGCUCACCCUACCUGAGACCACCGUGUCGGCGUCCACCUUGCCAACUUCAUCGCCAGCCGUCUCUACAUUAGCCGCGGACCCCGAGCUCCGUCGUCGGCACUCAGUAGUAUCUUCGAGCAGCCAAGAGGAUGAUAACUCGAGUGGGAAAGUAGAGCUCAUCCUCGGGACACUGAAUGUGGACGAGUCUGAAUACUUGUUCAUACCGGGCAUGAAACAUACACAGGAACAAGACUCUUCCUCUUCCUUGGAGCACGAAUUAUCUGUCUUGUUAGAGAACGAACACCAAUAUCUGGACAUCCUUCAGAGAAUUAAGGACGCAAGAAGUGCUGUAAAAUCUGAGUUACAAAAUCUUCUCCGUCGAAAUGAAAGAUUGGCUGAUUUUCACAAAGACCUUUUCCGAGAUCUGCACCAAGAGUUUCCUUCCUGUUCAGGUGUCGCACGGGUGUUCCUCUCUCGCAAGGAGGAUUUGGAACAGUAUCGCUACUACCUCAUGAAUGCCCCGCUGGUCCUCCGCCAGCUGGGGCAGCAGACGGAGGAAGUUACACGCCAGCACCCCACGUUAGAGGCAGACCUUAAGUCGACCUGGAAAAGACUUCACUAUUACUUUAUGACUUUCGAUAAGCUGUCAAAGACCGUGUCUGCUGAGGAGCAGCCGUUGGUGCAGGAGUUAGUGGACCUGCUGCGGGACAUGAACCGCCAGGGGGACUCAGCGAUCUUGAUUGACGGCGUCAGCGAAGCACCGUUUAGCUUACACACCUUGGGCUCGCUUCUUCUCCAUGGCCUCUUCACCAUUAAGGACUCUACUGGCGUUCUCAAACCGAAAGCAAAGCAUCAUGUGUUGCUUUUUGAAGAGAUGAUGGUGAUAACUUUACCCAAAAAGGAGAAAUACCAGUACAGAGAUCACCUUCCCAUCCGGCAGUUAAAUCUCCGGCAGGCAAACGGUGACGAGACAACAUUCGCUUUGGACUUCGUGCAGGGCGGCAACAAGAAAAACAGGAGGUUCACGUUCAAAUCUCGCCAGCAAGAGUCCAGGGAUGCGUGGGUGAACGAGCUCGCACGGCUUCAUUUGGAGUACGCCAAGGAAGUGAAGCGCCUCAGUAAGCUGCGCUACGGGUGGCAGUGAGGAGUCUCGUGACGACGUCUGACGAGGUGUUCGUAUUGAGUGUGCGGUGAGCAGCCUCUGUGUGGCGCUGUCCCCCAGUGCCGCGUGCAGCCAUUCUGUGGUGUCAAGUGGGCCAACAUGACUUGUGGCUGAGGUGGUAUUGACGCUGGUGAUGUGUUAAGUGCUGAAGCUAAACUAGCAUUAACAUAUUUGUUGUGAAACAAAGAAAGACAGAAAGGAAGGAUUCUCAUUAAUUAUAUUUGAACCAAGGUGAUGAUCUUGCUCUCUAAAAGAAUUUGAGAUUAUAAGACGCUCGAGCUUAAAAUAAAAGAUCCGUUGUCUUCCGAUUUUUGUGAAUAGCUCAUGUUGACAAGAUUAUUCUUGCGGAUAGUGAAACUUUUUCAUGUAUCUUGUCACUUAUACUGCCUGAGAUGUCUUCCGGGAACGUGACUUAGCCAUUGGAUAGGCGUUGUGACACACACACACUGUCAGGAACCAGAAAACGAACAAACAAGAGGAAUAGCCAUAACAGUACAGAGUAAACAUCUCAUAGGACAAACACUAACAAAGAGGGAAACAACGAGGAUAAAGAAAAACAGAUACCCAGAGAGGAAUGAGAGAUAUACAAAUGUGUAAACAUCUGACAGGACAAACACUAACAAAAAGGGUGACAUAUAUAUAAGUGUAAACAUCUCAAGUACAAAAGAGGGGAAACAACGAGGGUAAAGGAAAACAGAUACCCAGACUCAGAUACAGAAAACAGAUACCCAGUAGGCGUGGUCAGAAAGUGUGAACAACCAUUGAAAAAGACUCUGACCCGUGACGUCAGUCGUGGCGACAUGUUAUGAGCCAAUAAUUUAACAGAAAAAUCACUGAGGGAGUGUCUUAAGACUGACUCACGAAUAGCAGGAGAAGUAAAACAAUACAACAUAAUGAGCGAGCAGAUGGGUGUGACAGGAAGUAUUGGCCAUUGGUUAUGUAGAAAAUUAAGGGCGUGUCAAGGAUGUAAGUCCGCCUAAAGCAAAGAAAAAUGUGGCCUAGAAAUCAGUGGUAUGAGUAGACUGAGCUUGGUUCUCGCCUCAAGCAGACCUGCUACUCACUCAGCCGAGGAUGGCUGUUGUGAUCUUAAUCGUGAGUAGAAAUUCGAGAAUCUAAGGGAAACCGACUGUAUUGUCCUGGAGAUUAUAAUGUAGGAGAUGUGAAGUAGGAUUGUGAGUGGGACAGGAUUGUGAUUAUUUGUUUGCGAUGUAAAGCAAAGGUAAAACCACUGGGUGUGGUAAAAUAAUGUGUUUCCAUGACUUGUAGUAGAUUAUACUACAGGAAUGUGUAGUAGGAUUUUGUGAAGAGAGUACAUAAUGAUUGUGAUGUAAGCAGAGAGAUACAAACCACUGCUUGUGGAACGACGAGUGUUAUUAUUAUUGGCAACAACUGAGAACAUAUUGUAGUGUUAUGUUUAAGACAUGUCGUUUGUCAUAUGUUGCAUCCAUUGCUGAAUAUGCCAGUGCUAUGAUCGUCUGAGCAUAGAAUAUUGCAUAAGGCAAUUUCUUUCAUUUAAUUUUAAAUAAAUGUAUAUUUUCUUUUUCCCUUGUUUAUCCCCGAACUCCAGUCUCCAAUAACAACUUAAGCCGGAUCACGCUACCAGGGAUACGAGACAGUGAAAUCAUUUAUGGAGUAAUUAAUGAGUGAUAAAAGAGUUGAUUUAAUACAAGAAAAGAAGGGUCUAAAAACACACACACACACACACACACACACACACACACACACACACACACACACACACACAGAAAAAAUAUAUAUAGUACCACCACAACCACUGCUACCCUACUACUACUACUACUACUACUACUACUUUUGGUACUGCCACCGAUCCCUACUUAGUAUUUUCUUCGUACGCUUAGGACCGUUUUGCCACAGCAUAGAAAUGGAUACACAUUUAUUAACUUUCACUUAUUCAUUUUCCUAUCGCUACAGCUAGCGGUACAUUAUCGCUAACUGUAACGAAGCUCCCUGCCCACUCCGCCACGCACAGACUGUCCUUCCUUACGAUUGGAGGAAUGGUCAAGGUAGGGGAGCUUGUGUAAUACAUCUUUAGAACUUAUUACCAGCUUUUAACCCUUUGACUGCGGAUUUCCUACAGUCAGACAUCAUCAAGCCACAGGAAUGGAACAAAAAGUGGCUGCUACAAUUCAAUGAAGAGAAAUGUAAAGCUAUGCACCUUGGGAGGGGAAAUCCAGCAUAUCAAUACCACAUGGGAAACACUCCACUAUCCACCACAGAGGCAGAGAAAGACCUGGGACUGUAUGUUACCAGGCUACCAGGGAAGGAGAAAUUCGUGCCAAUCGCAGCGGACGGGUUAAUGCGUAUUUCGGAAAUCUUUAAUGGGCCACGCGAGCAUGAUGUGACAAAGGUAAAGUUGGGUGCAUAUGCUGGGCUGCGCGUGGCCUUGGUGUCUAUCUCCGUCGCUUUGACGCAGCCUGUGGUGGGUAAGAACCUGCUACUCUGGAUCACUGGGUAAGUGUGACAUCCGCGUAAGCACAGUCUACCCUCCCUAGGUUUCCCCAGGUUUCCCCAGGUACACAUUUAUCGAAAAGGAGGUUGAACGGUGGGCAGCCAAAGUAACCGUGGCAAUGCAGGAGUUGUGGAAGUCGAGGGAGACAGAGAGAGAAAUAAGUGGGGAGAUGAUAUUAGAGUAUUUCCUGGAGCAUAAUGGAGUACACUAACACGAGAAGGAGUGGUUGACAACGUUGGGAAUGACUUGUCCUGUUUAGGGUGACCAUGAUGAUCAAAAAUUCUCGUAAUACUGGACAUCGCUUUCCCGAAAUCAUCAAAACAUCUUGAACAAUUUAUUGGGAAGCAUCACCGCCGACCCAUCCUUGUUUGGUAAGCAGGGAGGGAGGCUGACUAAUAGAUGAUUGUAUUGUAUUAACAGUAUGUUAGCCAUAAGAAAUAAAAUCAUGUACCGCUAAGUAAAAAAUCUGAAACUGUA